AUGGGCAAAAGGCAACGGUCGAACUCUCCAUCAAGUGCGGACGACGAUCACGACAGUAGGAACAACACACGCGACGCCUCCAGCUCGGAGGAGGGGACGGACACCACGGGAAUGCAGUCGCUUGGUGUGUUUGUGUGGAGUGAGGUGAGCAUGGUGCUCUACGCCUGCAUGAUGAAGGAGCUGCACUACACAUGCGGCCUCAUUGCAAUGGAGCGGUCGAGGGAGCGGCGCUGCGACAUGAUCGCUGCACUGCAGCCGCGCCUAGAAGCCUUUUGGAGCCGUGAGACGGCGUCACUUGGUGGCGCGGAGCAGCGGGUGCUCGCUGCUGUCUUCCACCCGCACGUGAACGCCAUGCUGGAGCGCUUUACGUCGCUUGCCACGCGCGACUUGACGGCGUCUGAACUGUGCCGCGCGUUCCAGCAAACACUCGAGGCGUUUGGCUUCCCCGAAGAGGAGAACACCGAUGAGGCGCAGCUGCACGCCAACGUGCGGAGGGGCGCCGAGCUGCACGCCUACUCGUACAGCGAGCGCACGGGGCACCAGCUCAGUGUGUUGCCGCGCUACGAGGGCGACCGUCGCACGGAGGAGCAGCACCGCCAGCCGCGCGCCGGGCGUGUCGUGCACUUCCCCUGCCCGCACCCGCACGUUGAGAUCAACACGGCGGUGCAGCUGAUUGAGCCGAAGAAACGCCGCCCACCGCUCGACGAGAACCGCAUCUUUUCGCACCCAAAGAAGGCGACGUCCUCCGGCAUGGAGGAUGUCCUCGUGGACGAGGAGUUGCAGUACCGCGCCCUCGUUGUGCUUGAGCGGCAUCUNGACACCUUCGGCUCCCUCCAGCAUAUCUCCCCGUUUGUCCGUUUCGCGCUGUGGAAUGUGUUGGGGCGUGACGAGGAGAUGUUCGAGCGGCUCUGUGAGACUCCCAGCGACAGCGACGAGGCUGCACAGCAGCAGAAGCAGCUGGAGACGUUGCGACGACGUUUAGCCAAGAAACGUGCUGCCUUCGAUGCCACUCGCGUGGCUGCACGUGAGGCAGCGCUGCAUGUUGGCUGGGCUGCUGUGAGCGCGCACUGGCGGGAUCAGGUGCUGAGCGUUGUGGAGGCGGGCGAGGACGCCGAUUGGUACCUCCUGCGUGACACCGCCAAGAUCGGCUCGCGGGCCAUAUUCCCAAAUUAUGCCGCCUCGUCCGUGGUGAAGGACAUCGCUCUGAAGGCACUGCGGCGGGUGCGGGACGGCCAUGUGGAGUGCGCCGUGGAGGAUGCAGCGGAGUGCUACGAGGUGGUCACAGACGUACUUUUCCCACUGCUGGAGGGAACGGCGCCGUCGCUGCCGCCAACGUCGCGCAAGGACGACGGAGUUAGUGGCGACGUUAUCGAUGGUGAUGGUAGCCACCAACAGCAGCAGCAGCAGCAGCAUCAUCUGAGGAAGCGUGUGGCGGCGCUCGCUGCGCAGGGAGCGGGAUCCACGUGCAGUGACGAGCAAGUUGCGCGUGGCGUGCGGUGGGGCCUCGAUUGCGAAAUACUUCUGCCGCAGGAGGGAUCGACGUGCGCAUUCGUCACGGACAUGUUCGUUUGGCCGCUGCAGUGCCUGGCGUCCCUGCUGGAACUUAUUGCUGUGGGGCGCUACGCGGCGGAAGGACUGAAGAAGUUCGCUGCGGCCUUCCUCCCGUCGAACUGGGGAGACGAGGAGGCGGUGCUGGAGUUCCUUGUGCGGCGCGAGCCUACAAACAUACCACUCGCGUCCUUUGUUGGGUUUCCACGUCUUGUGCGGGACGUCUUCACCUCUGCGCAGUGGCUGCGCAACGACAAGUGCUUUGCCGCUGUGGUGGAGUGCCGCAGUCAGGCGUUUGCGCUUCCCUCCGGAGCGUCGGCGAACAACUACGUCCAGUGGCGGGUGCUGUCGACGCUUCUGACCGCACUCGACUACGGCGAAGGCGUGCUGGCGCUCACUGUUCGCCCUCUGCCUCCGCACGCAACGGAGGAAGGGAAGCUGUGGAGCGUCGCGGAGUUGCAGUGCGCACAAAAAACAUGGGUUGAUGGCCUUGCGCUCAUGUUGACGACUCCUGCUUCUACUACUGGCAUCACUACCACGGUCGAUGCUGUCAAAACAGAGGAAGGAUGA